GACCAAAAGAGGUUUUCCCCGAUCUGCUCAGAUUAAUACCCGGUCGGGUAUUUUUUUCCCAUGGCCGGGUAUUUUGCUCCUCCAGCACACUUCAACUCAAACGUCCUCCUUUCGACCCGAAACUCGUUUCUUCGCCUCGAUGCUAACGCCAAGCCCUGAAAUAUGACAUAAACACACAACCUAGCGUGAAAUUGGGUUAAAACACGAGAAUCAACAUCUCAAACGGCUCAAGAAUAGGGGUAAAAACGUGUGCAAUUAACGGUCUAUCAGUACUAUAUGACCCCAAGGCCAGCUGACAUUCAAUCACCGAUCCUACAUCCUCCGGUGGCGGCAAAAAAUUUCGAGAUCAAGCCGGCUCUAGUGACUAUGAUACAAAGCAAUGCUCUCUUCAACGGCCAUGAGAGCGAGUCACCAAGAGAGCACGUGCAUAGAUUCUUGGAGCUCGCGAAGAGCUUGAAGAUUAAUGGUGUGACGGCCGAGGCUUUGCAACUAAGGUUUUUCCCAUACUCACUCUCGGGGAAGGCACUUAGGUGGCUAAACAACCGCCCACCUCGGGCUAUCACCUCAUGGGACGACCUCUUUAACAAGUUUAUGGCUCGUUAUUGCCCGCCUUCGAAGACGGCGGAGUGGAGAAAGAAGAUUACACAUUUCGAGCAAGAAGAGGACGAAACCUUAAGGGAUGCUCGGGAGAGGUACUCCGAGUACUUUCUUCAGUGCCCCCGCCACGGGUUUGAGGAACAGUUUCGGAUUAAAACCUUCUACGGAGGCCUAAUGCAAGAAGAUAAAUUCAUCAUUGACUCCUUAUGUCAGGGGAAGUUGAUGAAUAUGGCUCCUCCCCAAAUUACCGAGAUCCUAGAAGACAUGGAACUUAGGGGUUAUGAUUGGGGGUUGACUCGAAGUGGAAGAAGAAGUAAUGAAAGGGGAGUGAGAAGCGUGGGAGCGAGUGCUCCGCUUGAGGCAAAGUUGGAUAAGUUGCUCAAGGUUAUGCUUGAAGAUAAAAGGCAAGGAAAAAGGGCGGUAAUGUCGUGCGACUGGUGCUCGAGUACUAGCCACGAGAUAGCGGAGUGCCAAGCAAUGAAGGAGGCAACCACUCCGGAGGAGCAAAUCAACUAUGUGGCAAAUGCUAGGGUCAACAACCCGUAUAGCAAUACUUAUUACCGCGGAUGGAGGAACCACCCCAACUUUGAUUGGGCAUCACCGGUUAAUCCAAGGCCCUCGAGUUUCCAAGGCCCCACGGGGAACUUCCAACCUCGGCCAACCUUCAUCCAACAAAGGCCACAACUCCAAGGCUCAAACUUUCAACAACCGUACCAACCACAAGGUGCACUAGGGUUUCAACAGCAACAUCAACCUGACAAGUUAUCCAAACUUGAGGAGCUAAUGAACACCUUUGUGAGUACGAUUAGCCAAAAAUUCGAGAAGAUUGAGCAAUUUAUGGAUGUGGCGACUACCAAGUUUACGUCGGUUGAGGCGGGUCUCCGGAGCCAUCAAGCGAGCCUUCAAAGUUUGGAGGUGCAAAUAGGCAACCUUGCCGGUGUCCUCACUAAGAGACCCAAGGGAGCUUUACCUUCCCAAACCAUGGUGAACCCCAAGGAUCAAGUCGGGGUAAAUGCACUGCAAGUGAGGAGUGUGAAGGUGGUUCCGGAGGUCUCUACGGGAGAAGAAAUGGAGAAGGAAGAGACCACCCCAAUAAGAAGAGAGAAGAAGCCCUCGAUGAAUGAGAGGAAGGCGGCAAGCAAGGCAUUGCCAAAGGAUGGAUAUUUGCCACCUCUUCCUUAUCCCACAAGGAUGUACAAGGAGAGGUUGGACAAUGAGUGUGGAGGAUUCAUGGAAAUGCUACACAACCUCCACCUCAAUGUCCCAUUCCUCGAAGCCAUGGCACAAAUGCCAAGAUAUGCCAAGUACCUCAAAGGAUUCCUCAUCAAUAAGCCAAGGCUUGAAGGCCUCGCAAAUGCGACUCUUGGCGAGGAGUGCUCGUCUUUCCUCCUCGACCGCUUGCCCAAAAAGCAUUCUGACCCAGGUAGCUUUACUAUCCCUCUUGAUAUUGGUGAUCACCAUAUAGACAAUGCCUUGGCUGACCUAGGAGCUAGUGUGAAUGUGAUGUCCUACAAGCUUUUCAAAAAUUUAGAAGUAGGUGACCUUAAGACCUCUAAGCUUAGCAUCACCUUAGCCAACCGUUCGGUCAUUAGCUCGAGAGAUAUAGUGGAGGACAUGAUGGUGAGAGUGGGCAAGUUUUGCUAUCCGACCGAUUUCGUGAUUUUCGGCAUAAGUGAGGACUCUGAUAUGCCCCUCAUCCUCAUUCGUCCCUUUCUUGCAACCGCCAAGGCAUCGAUAGAUGUUAAUGAGGGAACCCUAAUUUUGAGGGAUGGUAAGGAGAGAAUCAAGCUUGAAAUUGAUCCUAGGGUGAGGAGUGAUGAAGUGAAGGGGGUAGUCUCAAAUGAUGUGAAUGAGAGUGGAGGAGAGCCUCCUAAGGCAAACCCCACCAUUACUUGACUUGUCUUUGAUGAUGUUGAGAAGGAAGUUAAGAAGGGUCCUAAGCCAAAAGGUCCAAGAUUGAAUGCUUGGAGAAGAAAGAUGAAAGGAGCUUUAACUCGAAAGACGGGGGAGCCCGGAGCAAGGUUUGCCAACCAAGAGGGCCAACUCAAUGACACUAAGAUAAGAGGCUACAAGCCUCGCCCCGAGAGUGUGAUGGAUCCGCUCUCGGUGGCAUCACGUUUGAAAUCGUGAUUGAUCCCCAAGCGUCAACCUAAUGACGAUACACAAGCGCUUGUUGGGAGGCAACCCAACAAAGGUUUGUUUUCUUUUCCUUAGUUUUCGUUUUAGUGUCUUCUGAAGGGUUUGAGUGGUGAAGUGGUGUCUCCAUGCUGAGUGUUGUGUUUUUGCGGUUUAUGGUUGUGAUGUGGUUUAUUAGGAGGCAUAGAGGAAUAGGUUGAGGCAAAAUUUUUGCAAAGUGCCCUGAUUUCACUUCAGUUCACGGACGAAUUGCUAAGUUCACGGUCUCUAAGACCAUGAACAGGCAAACACGUCCGUGAACUGGGCGCCGAUGCAUGUUCACCACUUGUCAACCUGAUAACGAUGUAAUUGCACAUAUUUGCGCCCCUAGUUCUUAUCCGUUUGAGGGGCAUAGUCGUGUAUUUUUGGCCUAUUUUACGCCGGGUUGUGCUAUUUUGUCAUAUUUCAGGUCCCAGGCGUCAAAGGAAAGGCUAAGCACGAGUUUCGGGGCAUUCGGAAGUCAUUUCGUCGAGCUGGAGCCAAAACACGGGCACACCUAAAACAGAACACGGCCGUGUUCUGUGGCCGUGCUUUUACUGCCGAGAGCUAAUUGAGUUUGACAAAUUCAAGUUGCAAACACGGGCUGAAAGAACAGCCGUGUCAACCAAAGCACGGCCGUGUCCUCUCAAAAGCACGGCCGUGUUUGCACCAACAGGUGGCCGUGUAAUUAACCCUAGCCAAAGCACGGGCGGGCUGAGGCAAAGCACGGCCGUGCCCUCGACCGUGCUUUGGCCACUGAUGCCCUUUUAAGCAGAUUUCAGCCAAAACAGAAGGGGAUUCGAGUUUUAGAGAGAUAGAGCGAUUCCUAGAGAGAGAAAGCGACGAACAAGAGUCUCCAAGUUCCCUAGCUCGAUCUUCAACACCAUUGGAGGCCAGUUUGAGCUUGGAGAAGUGCCGAUCAACGUCCAGGAGCAGGAAUCCAUCCUUCACAGUAUGAAUUCCGCGUCUGAUUCUGCUUUUGCUUCUUUCUCCAUGGAGUAGUUCUCCUAUUCAUUUGGGUAUGGAGAACCCUAGAUUUGUAUGUUAGGCUUUGAUUGUAUGAACCCAAGUACUGAUUCUAUGAUUUGAUUAUAUUCGAUUGAGGUUUGAAUGAUUGAAUGACUUGAAUCCUGAUCAAAUUCCUGUUGUUUCUGCUUUAACCUAGAAUGAGAAUAUCUGCCUAGGUUGAUAGAGCAUCCUUGAUUGAAGGUAGGGAGUUGGUGACUUUAGUCGAGGAGCCAACUCACUAUUAUGUACCGGAUUUACUUCGGUAGUGGAGGUUUUGUUCAUAGGGCCUCAAUCUGUUUACUCCGGUGGAGGUUAGCCGCCCGCCAGAGACUCAGAUUGAGAGGGUCUGAAGACCUUUAGUCGAGACUUCAGGCUGUUUAAGAACCUUCCGCAGUAUAACUAUCAUAGAAACUGAACUUGGUAAUUACAAUCCGGCUUAACUGCAGUCUAGGGGGAACCAUAUCCGGGUGACCUCUCUUAACCUGAAUACAACAGUUUACUUGCU